AUGUUCAAGAAAUUACGAACAAAAAUCGAACAAGGGGUUGCUCAGACUCCCCUGAAAGGUGCCCUCGCUGCUGUAUCAAAGGAGGACAUUUCACAGAAUCCCCAGCCUAUAGCAGAGAGUACACCAAUAAAAGACCAGAAUGUCAACAAUUCUCACGAGAUGGCAGCAGAUGGUGUUAUGCCAUUGGGGGCCACACCCAGUAAUGUGGCUGUGGGACAGCUGGUUGAUAUUCCACUGCAGGAUACCCCAGAUAAUUCUACGACAGAUUUCACUUCUGCCUUAUCUUCUCUCCCCGGGAACGAUGACACACCCAGGAUGUCGCGAUCACGUACCUCGUCUAUCAGUUCAGUAACCAGUGACAGUAGUUUCUUCAACACUAGUGUUGCAUCACAACACUAUUACCAGAUGCCUUCAGAUAUUGAGAGUGAGGUUGAGGAAACCUCAAACCUGGAUGCAUACUCAAAGGAGGACUUAUACAUGGUCGUCCGAAAGUUUGAACGUCGGUCUGUCAGAUAUAAAAGUAAAUUUAUGGAGCUUGCCAAUGUAUACAAAGACUUGAGCCAAGAAAAAGACAAACUUAAGAAUACAUUAACACAAACUCAGGAUCGGGCAUUUAGAAGAAUCUCUGAACUGAAGGAGCAGAUUCAGUUAGAUGUGAUGGCUAAGCGUGACUUAGAGGAAAAUUACAGAUUGAUGUUAGAGGAAAAAGAUGAACAUAUGAAAGUCUUCCAAACUCAGGUGCGUCUUCUGAAGGAAGGUAAAGAAUUGUCACCAGAACUACUUAAGAAACUAGAACCGAAGGAAAGGCCAAAAUCUGUGCCCAACUCUUCAACACCUUCAGAUGGUGUUAAAGGGGAUGAUGGAGAUGUCAAAACACUAACAGAAAAGGUGAAGAGACUUGAGGGACUGUUGAAUCGCUGUAAGGAAACAAUCAAGGCCAAUAAAGAAAAAGCUGUGCAAUUAGCAUCGGAAAAGGAACAUCUCCAAAAACAAGUCGAGGAAAAAAACAGGGAGACAGAGAAACUCCGGGUAUCUGCCAAUCCUGAGGCUAUUGCCAAACUGCAGAACCAAAUGAAGGAGGCACGAAGAGUUAUAGAGCAAUUGGAGACUGACCGUGAGCUCGCCAUUGCAGAGGUCAAGAAACAGGUCCAUGAAGAGAUAGAACUGAAGGAUCAAGAGCUAGCAGAUAUACGCCAUCAAUGUCAAGUUCUUCAAGUAGAAAAUAAGUCUCUCGGGGAGAAGACGGAGAAACUGGAAAAACAAGUGCAAGACAAUCUGGAAAAAUCAAGAGAAAUAAUUAAAAAGCUGAAGGAGGAAAAAAGGAAAGUGUCUGUGGAGAUGGAGGAAAGAGUACAACAGACUGAGAAGGCAGUUGAGGAUGAGAAAGAGAAUCUUAUACAGGAACUGUCACGGGCCAAAGCUGCUGCAGUUACCUGUCUGCAGGAAGAGACAGAGAAGAAAGUGUCUGCCUCAGUGGAGAGUGUCAGACAGGAGAGAGAUGACUACUGGCAUAAACAGAUGGAAGAACAAACUCGUCUUCACCAGGAAAUCCUCACCUCCAAGGUACAAGAAAAGGACCAUGAACUAAGUGAGUUACAAAAGCAGAUCCAUCGUCGUCUGGUGGAGAAAGAGGAGGAGAUGAAACUUAGCAAUGAGGAAAAAGAUCUACAGAGGAUUGCUGCUCUCUCCCAACAAGAUAACAUUAAGGAUCAGCUGGAGGCUGAGGUCAACCAGCUCAAACAGGACAUCUCAGGAAAGGAGGAAGAAUUGACAAAACUGACAGCAGACCUAAAUCAGCAACGUGAGAUGUUUGAAAGGCAAUUAACAGAAGUUCGACAGACAUUCCACGAGGAAAUGGAAACUUUGAAGAAUCAGCAUUCUGAGGCACUCAUUGCCACAGAAGCUGCUCACCAGAAACAAAUGAUGGAGAAGAUUCAGACUUUAACUGACCAACACUCAGCUGCACUAGAGGAAACGUCAAGAUUACACGAAGAUUCACUUCAGGGUUCCGCAAAGGAGAUUGAAGCAUAUUACAAAAAUCAGGUGAAAACUGAUAAAGACAAUCUUGAGCAGCUCUUACAGGAACGGAAUCAGCAAGCAGAAAAGUUGGCGGAAAACAUUCAGCUUUUGAGAAGUGAAGUGACAGCUAAAGAGGAAGGAAUCAAAACCUUGAAAGAGGAGUUUGAGUGUAAUAAAGCGGAACUGGAAAGAAGAUUACAGCAAGAAGUAGAGAUAUCCGAAAAGCUUCGUAAAAACUUAGAGAAUCUGAAAACACAAACACAGAAAAGUAAGACUGAUAUGGAAAAUGAGUCUGCCUAUUUCAAAGAGGAAUUGAAAGAAUCUCAAGCUAGUUUGGAAAAAGUAGAAAAAACAAAUAAAGAGUUAUUUAGUCAGGUACAACAGCUGCGGACAGAGAAAGAGAAAAUUGAAGCAGAAUGGAAAGAGAAAUAUGACCUCACUCUUCAGGAACACAACAAUACUAUGUCUGCCAUUUCAGAAUCAUCUGAAGACAGUUUGAAACACAUCACAGGUCAGCUUGCAGAAAAAGAGAAAGAGCUUCAGCUGUUGCAAGCACAGCUGGAUGAAGCUCAGAAAAAUAUUCAACAUUGGCAACAUGUGGCCGAGGAUGAAAGCCAAAUAUUGAAGGAAUCUGAGGAGAAGUAUGUGAGAGUAAAAGCUGAGAACCAACAACUGGAGGACAAGAUCCGCACCUUUGAAAGUUCAUUAAGUGAAUCGUUGAAAACAAAUGAGGAAUUAAACACUAAAGUAAAAGAGACACAAGAAUUGUUUAACACAAGUCAGCAACAGAUUAUAGCAGAGAAAAUGUCCAUAGAAGAGAAAGUGUUGAAGUUACAGGAAGAUCUAGAUAAUAGAGAGGCCAUGGUGAAAGAAAAGGACGAGAUUUUAGCUGUACGAGAAGAGGAACUGACCGCUACAAAAGUCGUAGUGCAGGAGACGUCCAGCAGUUCUCUGUCCUUGGAAAGCAGGGUAGCCGAGUUGGAGGCAAUUGUCAAGUCCAAGGAGGAAUUAUUUGAAGAGAAAGAGGUGGAAAUGAAAAGCGUGAAGGAAAAAUUCAAUCAGCUGAGAGCGGAAGCAAAAGGACGUAUAAAGGAGCUGAAGGAUAAUUUGGACGAAACAACACAGAAACAUCGUGAGGAGGUGGAGGAAAAGCAAAAUGAAGUAAAGAUGAGAUUUGAAGAAGAGAAAAAUGAAUUGAUCAACCAGCACAAUAUUCGUAUCAAAGAACUAGAGGAUAUGAUUGAACAAGAGAAAACUAAUGUUAAAGCCCUUGAGGAGAGUUUCAAAGUACAAUUUGAAGAGAAACUAACAAAAAUGAAAGAAGAUAGGAAAAAAAUGAAGACAAAGUUUGAGGAAACAUUAGCAACAAAAGAAAGUGAAUUUCAAAAUACCUUGUCUGAUUUAAUCAAGCAGAAGGAACUUGGAAUGGACGAUGUCAUGAAAAGCAUGGAAAGUGCAAAGGCCCAACAAAUACUCGAGCUGGAAGGCAGACACAAAACUGAACUUCAAACUUUGAAUGAAGAAUGGCACCAGAAAGUGAAGUCAGAGAAAGAUGCAUCUGAUGAGAAAGUAAAGGAACUGACUCAGAUCCAUGAGGAUACCGUAGGUUCACUAAAAACAUCUUUAACAAGUGAAAUUGAGGAAAUAAGCAAGAAACUUGAGUCUGAAAAGAGUGCUUAUGAAAUUCAGGUAGAAAAAUUACGGACAGAACUUGAAAGCGUAAAAGUGGAGGGUGAAAAUUCUUUGAAAGAAAUUUUACAAAAGAAAGAAGAGGAAAAGAAAGUUAUACAGACAGAACAAGAGAAGAUGAUAGAAUCUUUAAGACAGGAGAGUUCUGAUUCAAGUGCUAGACUGCAGGAGAUAUCUGAUAAAUUGACAGAAAUGGAAAAUGAAAAAGUGAAUUUAAGUCAAAGUUUGAAAUUACAGGAGCAGCAAUGUGUAGAAAAAGUGACACUUUUAGGUGAGGUUGAAAAACAAAGCAAGGAAAGGGAAAUCUCUUUGGAACAAAAUAUUCAGGAACUCAACCAAAAAAUGGUCACGGUGUCCGAGAAACAUGAACAGGAAUUAAAGGAAAAGGAUAGUGUGGUGACACAAUCAGCUGAACGAAUAACACAAUUAGAAACAGCUAACGAAUCCAUGGAAGAAAUGCUGAGAGCUCUAAGCGAAAGUGCUCAAAACAAAGAUGAGAAAAUUCAAUCUCUCACUGAUGAGCUUGAAACAACAACACAAAAAAUGAAAGCUGCAAAUGAUAAGCAGACAGAGUUAGUAGAUAAGAUGGUGGUAGAGUUAAGGCAACAGGUACAAGACAGUAAGUCAGCUCUGGAAGAGAAGGAAUCCAAAUUUGAAGAAAUGUCAAAACAAGUUCAGAAUGAUCAUGAAUUCAAGAUGGAAGAGAUGAAGUUGGAUUACGAGAAAAGAUUGUCAGAUAUGAUGGUCAAUGAUGAGGAACUCCAGGCAAAUUUAACCCAGCUACGUAACAAAGUGACAGAGACGGAGGAAAAGCUUCAUGAAUGCAUCCAGAAUUACGAAAAUCAGAUUGAAAAAUUGAAAAUAAAACUGGACUCUCAGGAAACAGUUUUUGGCAAAGAGAGAGAGAUGUUGAAGCAACAACUUGUAGAUGCUGAAAGUCAAGCAAAAAUGACUACAGAGGGCUUGCAGACGUCACUCCAAACAAAGGUACGGGAAGCAGAGGAUAAGAUCAUGGAACAGAACAAACAGUUUGUCCAAGAGAAAGAGAAAAUUGAAGAAACAUGGAAAACAAAGUUUCAGGAAUUGAAAAACACAUAUAAGGUGAAAUUGAAAGAGUUUAAAACAAAGAAUGAUGAAAACAUGGCAGCACAUACUGAGAAAUCUAGGAAUGAACGUGAAGCACUGCAAGCAAGUUUGAAAGCUGCUGAGGAGAAACUCCAAAGAGAAGUUGCAGGGAAAGAUGAUAUAUCCUCAGAGCUUGUUAUGGCAAAUACAAAGCUGCUUCAACUCCAGGAAUCCUCUGGUGCUAACAGGAUUGCAAUACUUGAUCUGGAAAAAGUAGUGGAAGAGAAGGAAAAGUCAUUAUCCAGCAUCAAAUCUGAACUCGGCAAAGUACAAGGUAAACUCACUACAAAGGACGAACAGUAUGUUGCUAUGGAGACAAAACUAGGACAUGUUGAAAAAGAGUUAAGUUCAAAGACACAGGAAUAUGAGACAGCAAUUUCUGUUUUAAAGGAAGAAAAAGUGGACUAUGAGACUAAGGUUAGUGAUUUAGAAAAAAAUGUAGCUCAUCUGAAACAAAGUUUGUCUUUGUCUGAAGAGAGCUGUGCUAGUUCUCGUCAAGAGUUUGAAAACUUGCAGAGAAGUUUGACUGAUGUAAGCGGUGCUUCACAAGGGCUAGAGAAAAGGAUCUCAGCUCUGUUACAGGAGAAAGAAGAAAUGAGGGAUAAGCAUGAAAGGGAGAAAUCUGAAAUUGUACAGAAACAAGCAGAUAUUGAAGCCAAGAGUGUUGAGCUCCAAAAAAGUUUCCAAGAUCAAGUUAGUGAGCUCAAUUCACAGUAUGAAUUGGACAACAUGAAACUAUCCGAGGAAUGUGAAAGAGAGAAAUGUGAGAAGGAAAGACUAGCACAAGAACUUGAACUAGAAAAAGUAGACAAAGUAAAAAUUGUGGAAGAUAUGGAGAUCGAAAAAAAGAACUGCCAAAAACUGUCUGAGGAUUUAGAAACGGAGAAAAAAAUGAAAGGGAAACUUCAGGAUGAGUUUGAGCAAGAGAAAGUAGAAAUGAAAAAUCAAUUAGAUCAAAGUGUGACAGAAUUGAAAGAGCAGUCUGCCAGAGAAAUUGAAGAAAUUACAAAAAGUUUAGAAGCAGAGAAUUCAUCGAAAGUAGCAGAUUAUAAAAAGAAAGCUGAAGCAUACAUAUCCCAGAUGAAACGUCAGCUUCAGGAAGAACGUGAUAAUUUGGCAAAGGAAAAGGAAGGCACUGUUGGGGAACUAGAUCAGAAAUUAUCACAAUGUAGUGAAAAACUGACUGUGGCAGAGUCCAAAUGUUUCGACCUGCAACAGGCAUUAGACACUGCCAAGGCAGAAAAAGAAAAUGUUGUUUCACAAUUACAAAAGGAGAAGCAACAUCUAGAGACUUUAUAUGCACAAGAACAGUCAUCUCGUGAAUUGCUCGUGCAUGAACAGUUACAGUUGAGCGAAUCUAGUCAAUCUACAGAACAGAUGUUACAAGAAAACAUAAAACAGUUAGAACAGGAUUGUGAAAAAUUGACAGUGCGUGCGAAAAAAUUAGAAAGUGAAAAUAGGACUAUGAAGGAAAGUAGUGAUUCAGAGAUAAAGAAGUUAAAAAAUACGAGUAAGAAAGUCGAGAAAGAUUUUCACAGUUUCAAAAUUGAAUCUGAGGAAGAGAUGGACCAAUUAAAGAGAGAACACUCGAUGGAAUUAGAAAAGAUGAAACAGCACUACGGAGAGUUGAUCCAGGACAAGGAGAACGAACAUGGGUCCAAAAUCAAACAGCUGGUUAAAGAAUUUGAAAAAAAAUUGGGAUCUAAGGAUCGUGAAUUUGAAAACACAUUUUCUGAAGCUGUUGAGAAGAGUAACAGGGAGGAGAAUCGCUUGAUGUUUGAGCACAAAGAAGCUAUGGAGGAAUUACACCGGGAACUCCAUGAGAAAGAUGAUUCCACGGAAGAGAUGCGAAAUCAAUUGCUGGAGCAGAUGAAGAAAUCUGAAGAGGAAUCAGAUGCGAGAAUUGGUGAACUUGAACAAAAACUUUUAGAACAAAACCAGCAACAUCAGUCAGAGAUUACAGAAUUAAAACAGAAACAUGAAGUCAGUAUUUGGGAGCUUCAGGAAAAGUUGAAACAAAAUCAUGAGAAAAACAUGGAGGUCAAAGAGGUCAUCCACAAAGAAGAAGUGCAAUCACUUACACAGGAAUGGAACACGGAGAGAAAGUCCGGGAGCUUACAGCUAGCAGGUGAUCCAAGUGUCAUUGAGCCUGAGGAGUUGCUUCAUCACAACCAGCUGGCUAUUAGUGCCCUACAGAGUGGCAACACUAGCGGUCAUCUCCUCCAGAAACAGGUCAUCGAACUGACCAAUCACAUCAGAGAACUGAAGGAAAGACACAGACUAGAAUUAGCUGAAGCUCGUGGACACCUUGAACAGAAUUCCCUACCCACAGCCUUACUGGACAGGCCGCUACCGACACAACCAGUCCGCAAAAAAGUGACCUUUGACAUUUCUGACCCAAACCUUGAGAGUGAUAUACAGGACCUCGAGCUCACCAACAUGGACUUGCAGACAUACUUAGAACAAGGCGAUCAGGUCACCUCAGUCUUGACGUCGGCUCAGGUUCAGCAGCUGAGUGGAGAGAUCGCCCAGAGUAGGAUUAGGGAGAGAGAGCUACACCAAAAGAUAAAUUCCAUGGACAAGAGACCAGCACAGCUAUCUUUAGACUCCCCACCUCUCAGUCCAGGCUAUGCUACAGAUGGCACUGCAUAUGGACCACUUCUAAAUGAGCCGACACAAAUAGAGUAUCUUCGGAAUAUCUUAUUCCAGUACAUGAUGGGCAAGGAAACCAAGACAUUGGCUCGGGUAAUUGGCACCAUUGUCAAGUUCUCGGAUGAUCAGACGCGGAAGAUCAUAGCCAAAGAAGACACAAGAGCUGCUGGCUGGAUGGGUUCACCAAUGCAUUGAUAGUUAUGUGAACCGUGACAUGGGUUUCUGUCACUUGGAAGCAUUGACCUCCUGUGGUAUACAUCUCUCUUAUAAGGAAAACUCACAGAGAUGUUUAAUGGCAUACAGUUUGACACACACUGCACCUCAAGUUUGAAUUUGCUUGUAUCUCACUCAGAGUUAGCAGAGCUGUAUCAGCAGAUACAGAAAAGCAGUCGAAGUAUAAAUGAAAUGGAUAUAUGUGUUUAAAUAAUUAUUAGAAAAAGAAGGACAUUUCUGUGAAACCUUGCAUGGAGAUAUUAGUAUUUAUCAAGUAUGUGUGUAUGUGAAAUGGGAUAUUCUACCUUCAAAACAUAUGAACAUGUCUUUAAGGGUAAGGAAGUGUUUAUUGAAGAUGAAGGUGGAUAAAAGAUUUUUGUGCAAAUGGCCAAUGCGGAUUAGAAGAACGCAGAUAACUGCUGGAAAAAUCUUUCAUACUGUUUUAUUAUGCAAAGUUUGUAAACGGAUAGUAAAUAUACAAAUUACAUAUUAUGUAGUAAUGUAAGUAUAAAGUAAAUCUUCAAUUUAAAUUAUUUUUAAUUUACUUAUUUGCUCAGGAUACAAUGCAUUAGUCAAUUAAUUUGCAGGUUUUGAAUAUGAAAUUCAUUUAAAAAAUAAAACAGGCAACUUAAACAGUUAUCAAGAUUUUUAGGAACCAUGUGUGGCUUGGUGGAACUUCUUAUCCAAUCAUACAACUAUUUGCAAACAAUUAGCUAUAUAUAGAUAUAUAUAUACAUGUACUUCAGUACUGAACUGUACUAUGAUAAUUUAUUAUUUACAUUAAUGGUUAUGUUUGGUGCUCCUGUUGGUUGUCAUGCAUGUAUUUAAGGUAUUGAAUUUUCUGUUCUUGUAUAUUGAAAUAUAGAACAAUUCUAAUUAAACAUGUUGAUAAGGAUGUACAUGGUGAAGUUUCGGUUACUCAGAAUUUGUGGAAAUGGUGUGACACAACAAAAUCUCUCUAAACCAUCAUUCUGAAAUAAUCUUUGUCUUAGUCCAAUCAAUUAGUCCCAGUAUAAUAGUUUUUUUGCAUGUAGCAAAAUUACACCAAAUUCUGUAAUAAAAACGUCUCUCUAAGAUAGAGAAAUUACUGUGGUCCAAUUUAAGGGUGCAUAGUUUAAUGAGAAUACUUGGAUAUGGUUGCGUCUGAGUUUAAAACAUGUGCAUAUCUAGCUUAAGUGUAAGUUAUUUGUUAUAUAUGUUAUGAAGAAUUCUAUGACAGCUGUGGGGAAUUAUUUGUUUCUCAACACAUUUUUAAUGGGUUAUUUCAUCUUCAUUCAGUGUUAUCAUCUCUUGCCAUAAUGAUGCAUCAUGGGUAUUCUUUGUUAAAUGAUUAUACAGAUGUUUAUUUGUAACCAACAGAUAAUUCCAUUGUUACUCAGAAUUUACAUAUUCCCCAUAAUAAAUAUUAUCAAAUCCAAAGUAUUUGAUAUGAUAGAAGGCAUUAGAUAUCUGUAGGUGAGCCAGCAGUGAAAUAGAUUUUCACACUGACUAUAUUCAACAGGUAAGAGGUCUUAUAAUAGUCCAUGAUUAGCCUUUCUAUUGCAUUAAUUAAGAAUGUAAGUUCAUUGUCCUAUAAUUAGCACCCCCCCCCUGUUUAGCCAGGGGUAAUGAGUGCUUGCUAUAUGGGCUCAUUGAAUGUUAGGUAUGACACUCUCAGUAUUUCAAUGUUGUUAAAUUUUAGGGCUUUUUGUUCAUCAAUUUCUGGCCCCAUAUUUCCUUGUUUGUUUGUGAAGCUCUUGUCAAUGUAUGAACUUUUAAAAAUAUGAUUUAAUUAGACAUAACAAAUUUGAUCAAUCUAUAUACUACUCUAUUUAAGUAAAAAUCUGUUUUUAUUAUUCUCUACAGAGGUGCCCACUGCCUGAUAACUAGUGAAUAUUUUGUGUUGCUAGGUAUAUUUCAUUGAUUUGUCGAUGCAUUUUUCUUAAAAACACUGAAGAAAAACACAGGAAAAUUCAAGGUUAUUCCAAAGGUGAAUUAAGAUAUUGAUAAAUUACAUAUCACAGAUUACAUUACAUUCAUCAGACUGAACAGAUAAAUCUCUGUCACUAGGAAAUCAGCUCAAUUCCAAUAUGUAUUCUAUACGAUCUCCUCCUUGUUUGUUUGUGAAGCUCUCGUCAAUGUAUUUUUAUGUUGACUUUAUUGAUUUCUGUUACUAUUCAAUCUGUGGUACAUUUGCUGUAGUUUGCUCGCUAUGUAUGUAUGUGUAUUGCUUGAUGUUAACGAAUUGCGUACAAUAAUUAGCGAAGCCUGUGAUUAUGAACCUGCUUAGUAUUUAACUCUUUUGUAUGUGCUAUCAAUUAUUUAUGUUGCUUUUGUUUUGUUUAUACAAUGGAAAUAUUUCUUAUCUUUUUGUUUUCCAUGUGAUCAACACGUAUACUUCAACACAUUUUUUUUUAUACUUUUCUACGUCCGGGUUUAUUUUAUGUCCCUGUCACUGUUCGGCCUUUGAUCAUAUGACAUAACUGUUAUCCCAUCAUUGGACAUGUAUUAGAUUGAAAAUAAAUUUGGUUUUUAAUUAAUUCAAUAGCAGUAAUUGUAUCUGAAAUUUAGGUACCCUGGACCCACAUUUUUCAAGCUAUAUCUCAUCAAUUUUCAAAAUGAAUUCUUUGUUUCAUUGAUAAAUUGUUAUAGUUCCGUUUCUGUAAUUUAUUAGAAACAAAGGAGGUGAUUAACAGAGAGCAGAUGGGAAUUUUAGGAAAACAGUCUAUAUUUGAUUCAGAAUGCUCAUGGGUGUGUCAAGACUCUGCCUUUUCAUCUUGUCACAUGAUAAUGAUGAUUAAUCAUUAAUUUUGUUAAGAUGUCAUUUAGAGCAUGAUGAAGUGAUAUGAUUCUGACUGUCGAUUGCCUUUGAAAACAGUUGUAAUCAUCAUUGGGUUUCUUCUAUUUUGAUUGACUGGGUUCUGUUUUGGGGUAACCUGCAAAUGGAAGAAAAUUGAUGUGUAGAUAGGUUUUUCAAGCUAAAUGUUGAUUUUGUUUGUAUUUGGGUGAUCUAAGUGUAAAAAAAAACCAAAGCAACUUAAAAGAGAUGGAAAAAAUCUGUGUUAUAUUGAAUGAGGUUUUAAUGCAGAAAUGGAGUCAUGAUAUUGAUAAAGAGUCAACAUUGGACAUUUUAAUGUGAGGUAAUUUUGUAUGAUAUUUAGUAAAUUGUAAGGGGAGAUAAUUUUGUGUAACAUUUGGGAAACUUUAAGUGGAGAUAAUUUUGUAUAAAAUUUGGGAAACUAUAAGGGGAAAUAAUUUGUUUCUUUGCCAACUCCAAUAACAUCAUAUACUGUAUCUAAAGUUGUAUUAUUUUGUUAUGAUCUGUGGGACCAACAAUAAAAGAUGUAUAACAAGCUCAAAAGCAAUUUGUAAACUGAUUUAGAGUCAGAAACAUAAAGAGUAUCAUUACUUUAAUGUAAAGGUUACUGACUGGUGGCUGGAUAAUCCUUAGUCCCCACAAAUAUGGCUGAAUUGUGGGUUGGUAGACAAAGUUCAUAGGGAAACUUAAGCAAGUUCAUUUUUUUUUCAAAACAGUCUAAAUGAUGUGAAAGGGUAUGAACAGGAGACCUGCUCUGGAAGGUAUUUAUGUAGGCAUGAUUAGAAAUAUAUCUUUGUAUCAUGUCAUAAGAUUCCCUAAUUUUAAAAAUUUUAACUCAGCUUUAAUUUUAUCAAUGAAGUGCUUUAUUGUUAGUUUGAAAGCAAUACCGUCCUAUAAUACUAUGUUUUAAAUAUUCUGAUUUUGUCAACCAUGCAUUAGGCUCUAUCAGCAUUUGGCUCCAUCAGCAUUUGCAACUGCUUUGAAGUUAAUGAAUUUCACUGGAAGUUUUGAUGGUGUACAUAAGCAGUGAUUUUUCCCAGUUGGAAAACUAAUAGAAUAGAAUAUCAAAAUGAAUGAUAAAAAAUGUGUUAUCAUAAUUAGGUUGAACUAAAACUACAAAUGGAACUGAAUUUUAUGAACUUCCACCACCUGCCUUCCAUUAUCAUUGUUUUAUCUCAUAACUUUUAUCUGUUUAAGAAAGUAGAAUAAAUAACGUUGUCAUUGUUAAAGAUUUCUUUAAAAUUUUGACGUUUUCUUUGUUAUUGGAAAAAAGAAAAUAUGAUCACAUGUGCAACACUUCCUGUAAAAAAGUAAUUCCUGACAAGUAAAGGUACCUUUACAUCCCACUAUGCUAUUUCCAGUGAAGUUUUCACCACAGUUUUACUUAAGUAUGUUUUCUCAUUUUGAAAUGAGAUGUGAUGAAAAUUUAACAUAUGUCAGAAAGUAUGUUUUUAAUGCAUUUCAGAUCUAAUUUAACACCAGGGAAAAUGUCCAGCUUUACACAAAAAAAACCUUCCUCGAAUAUUGAUACAAGAAAACAAACAACAAUACAAAAAAUAUAAAAGUAUCAAUACAAAGGUGAAAAUGUCCUUGGGGUUGUCGAAUUUCAUUCUACCCAACACCAUGUGACUUUUGAGACAAAGAAUUUGAUAGUUUGAAAAAAGUAAAAUUUACAUUCCACAAGAAAAAACCCCAUUAAAACCACAAUGCAGCUUUCCGAUUUAACCCUAUGAAAUUCUGUAUAUAUAUGUAGAGAAAGCGUGACAGUUGCUUUGUAAAUGGUACUUGCUUGUGUGGUGUGUUUGUUGAUGGAGAUAUUUGAUCUGAAGCACACUUUGAACAUGCUUCCUAUCAUGAUGGGUUAUGUGCAAUUUUAGUACAUAACUUUAAAAGAGAUUUAUCUGCACUAGCUAAACAAAUUGUUUGUUAGAAAUGAAAUAGAAGGUUUUAUCACUUGGUUUAGCACACGUAAUGUACUCUAAUUUUAAUGUACAUAUAUAAUUAUGUAAUUCAAAUUAAAUUGUAAUGAUAUAAGGUUAUUAAAAGAAACAUAUAUUUCACUCUA